CCUUAUAUAGGCGUCUGCUCAGGCUGUACUCUCCCAGCUUGUGCUUGUUCCCAGUGUUCUGUGUCCACCAUGUAUCGUUAUCUAGGGGAGCUCGUGUCCCGGGGAGGGGGAGCCCUGGCCUGCGCUGCAGACACAGCACUGCCUGCCGCCACCACCCCCUUCCUCCGCCGCUACAGCCAUGCCGUGGACCAGGAAGAUGACCCUAACUUCUUUAAGAUGGUGGAGGGCUUCUUCGACCGGGGCGCCGGGAUCGUGGAGGACAAGCUGGUGGAAGAUCUCCGUACCCGGGAGACGGAGGAACAGAAAAGAAAGAGGGUGAAGGGGAUCUUGCGGAUCAUCAAGCCCUGCAACCAUAUCCUGAGUGUCAGCUUCCCGAUCAAGAGGGACAAUGGCGACUGGGAGGUGGUGGAGGGCUACCGGGCCCAGCAUAGCCAGCACCGCACCCCCUGCAAAGGAGGUAUUCGUUACAGCACGGAUGUCAGCGUUGAUGAAGUAAAAGCCUUGGCAUCUUUAAUGACCUACAAAUGCGCAGUUGUAGAUGUGCCUUUUGGUGGUGCCAAAGCUGGUGUGAAGAUCAAUACUAGGAAUUAUUCGGAUGCAGAACUUGAAAAGAUUACCAGACGAUUCACUAUAGAGCUAGCAAAGAAGGGCUUUAUUGGACCCGGUAUUGACGUCCCUGCCCCAGAUAUGAGCACAGGAGAGAGGGAGAUGUCUUGGAUAGCAGACACAUAUGCCAACACAAUUGGACACACUGAUAUCAAUGCACAUGCUUGUGUCACAGGGAAGCCCAUCAGUCAGGGUGGUAUACAUGGACGCGUUUCUGCAACUGGCCGAGGAGUAUUCCAUGGGAUUGAGAACUUCAUCAAUGAGGCUUCAUACAUGAGCCAGCUGGGAAUGACUCCUGGGUUUGGAGAUAAAACAUUUGCUAUUCAGGGAUUUGGUAAUGUAGGUCUACAUUCAAUGCGUUACCUUCAUCGAUUUGGUGCAAAGUGUGUUGGAAUUGGUGAAAUAGAUGGCACAAUCUGGAAUCCUGAUGGUAUUGAUCCAAAAGAACUUGAGGAUUACAAGCUGCAACAUGGAACAAUUGUUGGAUUCCCAAAGGCUCAGGCUUAUGAUGGAAGCAUCCUGGAGGCAGAUUGUGACAUCUUAAUUCCAGCAGCCAGUGAAAAACAGCUAACAAAAUCUAAUGCACAUAAAAUCAAGGCAAAGAUAAUUGCUGAAGGAGCCAACGGUCCCACGACCCCAGAAGCUGACAAAAUCUUCCUUGAGAGAAAUAUAUUGGUCAUUCCAGACCUGUAUUUGAAUGCCGGUGGUGUAACAGUGUCUUAUUUUGAGUGGCUGAAGAACCUCAAUCAUGUGAGCUAUGGUCGCCUAACCUUCAAAUAUGAGCGGGACUCAAACUAUCAUUUACUCAUGUCUGUCCAGGAGAGCUUGGAGAGGAAGUUUGGGAAACAUGGUGGCGCUAUUCCAGUAGUGCCAACAGCAGAGUUCCAGGCUAGGAUAUCUGGUGCAUCUGAAAAAGAUAUUGUCCACUCUGGCUUGGCGUAUACUAUGGAAAGAUCCGCAAGACAAAUUAUGCGCACUGCAAUGAAGUACAACCUGGGCUUGGACCUGAGAACUGCUGCCUAUGUGAAUGCCAUUGAGAAAGUGUUCAAGGUCUACAAUGAGGCUGGCCUGACCUUCACAUAAAUAUCAGAACAUGCUGGAUUGUAGUUUUCACCCUCAUUUAUAUAUAAAAAAAAAAAAAGCAAAAACUUAAUUAAGUUUACA